GGCGCGGCGACUCCAGGGCGGGCGCGCUGCGGGCAGGGGACCACCGGUGCAGGGUGCGCCCACCUGCUGCGGCUGCUGGAGCCGGGAGUCGCGGGCCAUCCGGCUCCUCUGAGCCACCAGCCAGUGCUGAGCUGGUCGGUUUCACCUUGUAAAUUUUCCGGGCACCCAACUGUGUUUUGUCAGGUUCGGAGCCGUUCCGCUCCUAUGGGGAUGGGUGGCUGGCUAGCUAUUUACCCCCACCUCCAAACUUAGGAGACCCACCCACCUCCGCCUUCCUCCCUCCCUAAGGAAAGUGUUGGGUGUCUUCCCCCACCCCCAGCCCUGCGCGCCCCAACGCUUUCCCUUUUUGCAGCCACCCUGGUGAGUUCAGGGUGUGCGGCCUCUCUGUACAACUGGGAGCCGCCUGCUAGCUGGCGCCUGGUAUUUUCCUUGGCAACCCGCUUCCCAGCCCAACCUGGGCGGCUGCAGUUCUGAAAACACAGGAGAGGGAUACUUGGCUUAGGCUGGAGAAGGAAGGAUCUGUUUGGGAUGGUCUAGACCAGCAGGACAGGCACUGGGAAGCCCAGGUGUUUGGAGACCCAGUGCUUCCGAGUAAAGAGUGAGCCAGCUGUCACUGAACUCAGGGCCAGGCUGACUCACACAGUGACAAGAGCAAUCGAGAGUGGGAUUUGAGGCCGGCAGGGCAGGCCGGGCUGUCUGGCCCAGUGACGAGGAAGAUGGAAAAUAGGGAAUUAGUUUGAAACUUAAACUGUUGCGAACGAGGGGGGCGAAAGGGCCAGCAAAGCCAGCUGAUCUGACACGGAGCCACAUACCUUGGGGAUUAAGUAAAUAUGUACUGUGGAAACCAAGCCUGCAUGUAAUUCCAGGUUGCUUUUCUUUUGUUAAAUUCUGCCCUGAGAUUUACAAUUCCUCCGGGGUGGCUCGGACUAGGGCUGAACUUUGGAGUCUGAACUAUCAGCCAGAGCUGAUUGCCGAUUAACUCUUCCCUAGCCAGGCUGCCAGGGGCCUGUGGAGGCCGCGUGAGUGGGGGUCCAGCUGUCCAGGACUCCUUCUUCUUGGGUGGUUUGGACAGCUGCUUGACCUUGCAUUUGGAAGGGGAUUUCGGAAGUGCUUUUAACCCUUAGGCACAUGGAAAAAGAGAAAGAAAGACUGGUUCUCAGCAGUUCCCGUCCUUGAGGUGCUGCCACAUUUGGGGCCCCCAAAGUCCUUCGUAGAGGGGGAUCAGGGCAGAGGAGGGUACCUUUGGAGAGGGGUUUGGGACAGUUGCGUGUGGUUGUCAUUCCUUAGCUGUCUGCACUCUCCAGACUUUCUUCUCACUCCUCAGCUGGCCCCAGUCCUAAGCCCUUCCGCUGCGCUGGUAACCGACUACCGUAGGCAUAGGAGGAACUCAUAGUCAAUCUGGAAAAACUUGACUGACUAUAAACAAUCCUAGAUUAGAGGAAGGACAUGGUAUUGGGGACGGGUUUAACACAGCAGAAUGGAGCCUGCAGGUCCAUGCGCUGGAAGCCGUAGCCCCACCUAGCUUAGGAGAGACGCCCUCUUCCAGGGACACCCACGGCCAAUUGGGAAUACUCUUAAACCGAUGGCAGGGUUACCCAAAAUAGGAUCCACGGGGACCUGUGAAAUUUCCAGUGCCACUCAGGCUAGGCUCAGCCACUGGACCAGGCGGGAUGACCACGAGGGCUCCCUGUAGCUCAUAAUGAUCUGACCAAUUACUGGAGCUACUUUCUAAUGAGCCUUCCGCUUGCUCUCACGGUGAGGAAUUUGGAGUCUCAGCGUCUUGCCUGAGUGCCUCUCUGGGGCCAGUGAGUGGACUUUGGGAGCACUCCCAGGGCCGCAGAGUUUUGGGGUGGGGGACUUAAGGGAGAGAGCUGGCCAGCUUGGGGACACAGGUUUGAACGUGGGCGUGAGGGUGGUCCAGGAGCCUACGUGAGAGAGUUGAGGUGGGUCAGUGCCACCUGCAGGCUGAAGGGACAUCAGAGAGGCUUCUUCCCCUGGGAGAAGGAGAAGCUACCCCUUGUGCCUGGAUUCUAGUGGGACUGGAUCUUAGGAGGUGGUCCCAAGAGAGAAAGAAGGGAGCCGUAUCAGCACCUCUGCAAACAGCUGACAUGUCCAGGAGUGGGGGGGGGGGUGACAGCCCAGUUUCCCAUAAUGACCUUGAGUUGAACAGAAUUUGGCCAUACUUUUGAAUAAUAAUAAGCCUCAGGGUACUAAAGGGCCCCAAGUAAGGGCUUUCUUUAAGGAACACACAGGAUCCAAGAAUUCAGAAUUUCCUAACCAGCAAACCGCUCUUUGUACAGACAAGAGUGCCAAGGUUGCAGGGACAGGGAGAGUCACCCGCAGGGUCUUGCAGGGCAAGGCUUAUGCUAGGUCAAGCCCGCUGCCUUCCUUCAUUUUCUGUGCCCUCCUGGGACUCCUCCCCCAAACAGUCCUGCCCACCCCGCUUCCCAAAGGCUUCAGGCUCGUCAGGCUGCUCACCCACUCUCCAAAGCUUUUGAGCUUGACAUGGUUUGAACAGGAGCCUGGGAGGUGGAGGAGUUGGAAGUCUUUUCAGUGGCUCUUCCUGACUUUAGUCCGGUAGCCCCAGGAUAAGAACCCUGGGCCCUGCAGAAGCAGGCGCACUGAUGCGCAGGCCCAGUAGGGUGCAAACCGGCUUUGAGUCCUACCUACUUUGCUAUUAUUGAAUUUCCAGUCUGUAGUAGGCAUGCAGCCCUGUUCCUGGAACAUCUUCGAGGAACUAGUCCUCUGGAUGGAUUUGUGAAUCCUGCGCUCCAUGCCUUCCAUUCGGCCGGUCCCCUUCCUUCCCACAGCCUACAGUGCAGGCCCAUCAUUCCCUUGACAGUGGCCGUAGAGACUCAGCUCAGCAAAGUACUUGUGGCGUCUGGCAGGUACCUAGCCCAGCUAAGCCCGUGGGGAGCAAAGCAAAGAGAAGCAAAACCCAGAGACACCGCCAGGUGCUAAGAGCAAAGGCAGAUUGCCCCCUGUGGCCUCCGUAACAGAUUACCCAAACUGAGUGACUUAGAUAACAGGUCACAUUGUGAAAAGAAUGUUUGUUCCCUAUCGCUGAUCAUCGUGGUCUUUCUUGCUAGUCAUUUCCCAGCUCCAGGUUGGAAAAUAUGCUGUGUUGUCUUUCCAUGGGAUGACCACACCCUCUUCCAAACAGCUGUCCACCCUGAAUGUACUUCAACGGUUAACGUUUUCCCCCUGAAGCUUUCCAGAGACUGAGGGUCCCAGUUCCCUAACUAGACUGUCGAGCAAAAUUUCAUGAUUUCUGUCCUAAUGUCCGCUUGCUAGACCUAAAAAUAGUGCCUAAAUCCUCAGUCCCACCUGGCCUGACCUUCGUCUAACUGACCCACUGCUAAUUCUUCAGACUUCAUGUUCUUCUGAGAUUUUAUUUUUUCAGACCCAAGUGCACUUGUUUGUGACUUCACAGAGCCCUUUGGGUCUACUUAGAUGCUACCAGGAGUGCCCUGAAAUUUAUCAUUACAGUUAAGUCCUGUGGUUCAUUUCUGUCUUGUCAAGUGUUGAUACCAUCAUUUUGAGAAAAGUAUCUUCCCUGUAUUGAUGAGAAAGUGUCUCCUCUACCCAGGAAAGGUGUGUGAUUGUCAUAAUCACUGUAACUCCUCUCUGAAGGCACCACCUCCAAAGGGUCCCAGCAGUCCAACCUCCUUCCUCCGUACCUUGGACCAAACCAUGCCCACACCGAGAACGUCCGUUCUCCUGCUGCCUUUGCAGAUGCAAUCUAAAAAUACACAGUGAAUAUCAGACACUCAGAACAUUUCAAACAUUGUCCGGAUAAACCAUGCAAGUCAGGAAGCAAGUGAAGCCAAACGGAAACAAGAGAACUGAAUCUAUUUCGAUACAGGCACACAUUUGCACACUCAAAUGUGUGUUCAUCCACCACAGCGUUCCCUAAAAUGAAUGCUAAAUAGAAUUUGAAAUAGGCACAUGCCUGGUUUCUCAAGAGAGUGCCAAGGUACCAGAAUGGGUUAGCAAGUGAGUGGUUGGCAUCAACUUAUUCAUUCAUUUACAUAUUCACACACUGAGCAAGUUUACUGUGCAUCUACUAUGUGCCAGGCACUGUUCUGAGCACUGAGACUGGGGAAACAGCAAAAGAUAAAAAUCCUCACCCAUGUAGAACCCUGAGCAAGAAAGAGAUGAUGAAUGAGAUAAAUCCAGUGGUGUAUGAGACUGCAGCUUGUGCUGAGAAGGGAAAUAGAGCACGGAGUUCAGACAGGAGAAGGGUGGAAUUCUAGAGAGGACAGCAGGAAGGCCACACUGAAAGGGGUUUUGAGUGACGAAAGACCGCCACACAGGUCUUAGCAAGGUCACCUGGCUGCUAUGGUGGGAAGCGGGCGAGGGUGUCACACCUGGAGUGGGGAACCAGAUAAGAGGAAGCUGGCACCCAUACCCCACCCCCAGGAACCGCACACCAGGCUGCUUCGCUCCCCUGAGGGCUGUGCAAAGCUCAGGACCUCGUGUAUCACUGUUCAGGGACUUUCCUGUGUCUUCAGUCAGGUGGCAGCACGGGGCUGAGGGGCAUCCAGGUGGGCAGGUGACAGCUAUUGACCCCCUAGACUGGUGCAAGGGCUUCUGCAGGGCUACCAGGCUCGCAACUGGGCCCUGAGCUGUUCUUCCGGGAACCCACUCAGAAAUGGUGACCAGCGCUAAGGUGACAUGGCUCUGAGCAAUUGUAACCGUGUUGCUUCCCCCGCUGAUCCAGGAAGGUCAGCCUUGGAGAUGUCACAGGGAGCCACAUAGACCAGGGAACCUUAGCAUUCCUGGAGCAAUGACCAUCCCCAGAUUGAAAAAUCCGCUGGCACUUUGGGAGGAAGAGCAGACUCCAGCCAGGUGACUUUUAAUGGCAAGAAAGCUUAACUCUCCCUGAAGAUCAAAUAAAAUCCACUGCAUUUGGAUCCCGGAUGCAGUGAUGCUUUUCCAUGCUGCAUGGUCCAAGGGCUCCUGGAGCACUGUUGUCAGCACAAUCCAGACUUCGAGAGUGUCAUGGAGCAGCUGGACGGUGUCCAGGGAGUAGGCUUUGGAGGAUGAGGACUAGAACCAUGGCUUUGGUUGGGUGGCAGAUCCACAGGAGUGUCAUUGGCUGUGUAAGAGGUAGGGGACAAUAUCCACCACCCUCCUAUGCCUUGUAGGCAUGAAUCUAUUCCAGAAGGUUCUGGAAGGCUGUACCAGCCCUGUAGAGAGCUCACCAUGUAGACCUGGGGCCUGCAACAGGGACACCUUCCCGCCCUUUGGAGCUUUCUGCGAAUGAAGAGGCUGCUCUUCAAGCAAGUAAAGGGGGAGAGAUUCCUGCAUGGGGGGGUGCGUGAGGGUGACCUCCCGGGUCCCUUCCACUCCUUACAUUCUAUGAGUCAUCAGCAGCAGAAUGACAUCUACAACAGUAACCCAGACAGGGGCAGGGGGCAGGACCAACACUUAAUCAACCAGCACUUAAAAAUGAAAAGAAGGCAUUUUCAGCAUGAUCUCACCAGGGUCUCUCCGCAGUGACGUGGUUCCUUUGACCACAUUUUCCAGGGUGCUGGGAGAAGGGGAGGAGGGGGCCGGCGUGCUCACCCCCUUUAGUCUGAACUUCAGUCCCUCAGUCGUGACUCAGAGCCCCGCGGCUCCCAAGUGAUGGUUGGGGUUCUCUGGGCUUCUGUGGUACACGGGUCGUAUGUGUCACUGGCGAUGUGUCCGACUGUUGUGAUGCUUAUGACUGGGAUCGUGUACACUACCGGCAUGGUAUGUGACUCCAGUACCACACGUGGCUGUGGUGCUGUAUGAGACUGCAGCGACACACACAUCGCAGGCAACAUGCAUGACUUUGACUCCACAGGACCGCCGCGCAGUGACUUUCCCCGUUCGCUGUUUGCCGCUCCUCCAUGGCUUUGCUCAGACUUGGCUAUGACCACUUCUGAGACGCAGGCGCAGUAAGGCGCUCUAGGACACAUCUCGGGAGGCGGAGGUUGCACCCAGGAUUCCCAGCUUCGAAAACAGACCUUUCCUCACCAGGACAGAUAAUCUCAGCCAGUCCCAGCCUGCCUCUGUCAGGGUUAGGGAGAGGUCAGGAGACCAACUGUUAAAUCCCAGGCCAACGCACAGAGGACUCUGGAGGAGAGUUUGAUAAGCAGUGUGUGACUCACAGGGUGCAGGCAGGGGUGCACUUAAAUCCACUUUUACAGAAACCUUGUCAGAGCCCUGAGCAGUGGUGUUUGCAUCCAGGGCACGGAAUGCUUGCCAAAGGAUUAAGGUAGUCAAUAGCUAUCAGGGUUUACACCAAAGAGCCAGCUGAUAGGCAGGAGAACUGCACAGUUGAAUUCUUUCACUGGACAAGAGGUGUGGCAUCUUAAAGGUACAGGGACCCAGUGUUAGGGAUUCGCAAAAGUUCCCUCCAGCCCAGCCUGAGGUCACUAAGCUGGAUUCACAGAACAGACCUGAGAGCUUUGACUGGACAGAGAAGAGAGAGAGCUGUGCACAAAGGGAAAUCUUGGAAGACUUCCUAAAGGAGGUGUCCACCGAGGGGGUGGCAGUGAGUCAAUCUCUGGCUGGUGGUAGAGCUCUGCAGGGAUCUGAAGCAACUUAUGAGCCCCGUCCCAGGAAGGAUGACAGCAACACAACGUGCCUGCCCUAGAUAUCUAAGACGGCUGGGACGAAAUCCAUCAAUACCCUUCCAAGCACUUAGUGCUAACAGUGCUCAGCCUGACAGAGGCCACUGGGUCUAAGUACUGCUCUGAGAAAUGUGACCUCGAAUCCACUCUUCAGUGGCCUUUUGUCCACGCUGACAAGUGCCCCAGGGGAGGAGGGUGUAGGUCACUGUCCUCUGCCACUAUGUCCCACCCCACCAGCACCUUAGCCCCAGCAGACCGGGAGGCAGCCCUCAGCAGCGACCAAGCUUUCCAAGUGGCUGGCAGAGCACCCUAGGGCGUCCCAGAAGGAGAUGCCUCGAGGAGCUGGAGCAGGUAGAGUUUGAGGGGUCCCAGCCUCCACUUCGCUAAACCAGCUUCACUUCCGUUUUGUAGCUUAGAAUUCCAUGUCAGAUGUUUGCGUGCAUUUGAAAGCACACAUUUUUUUUUCACGGCUUUAGAAAAGGAACAAGUGAGGCUUGACAAAAACAAUUCUAGGAAGUCACUAGCUGCAGUUCCUCUCCCCGGGUAACCCCUGCCCCAGUUUGCUCAAGGGCAUCUCCUUUUGCCUCAGUCUUCAGCGCUGUACCCCAAGGUGAGGUAGCUCAUGGACUGAAAUGCCCUCUGCUACCUUGUGCCUUUGCUCUCAGGGAGGGUCCUCUACUGCCCCCCAGACCAGACAGCCCCCCACUAAGGCCUCUCUUCCACCACUACCAGCCCACAAGUUCCACCCCCGAAGUCCUCUCCCGGGAACCAAGCCCAAUGUGACUGGCCAGAAAGGACACCGAAGACCUCUGCCCACCCAUCUAUCUCCAGAGACCCAGCACUGAGAGAGUAUCCCUUGGCAAAAGCAGCCCUAAAAGCCCAGGCCAACAGGAGCCCUAAAGCCCUUGUCACAGUGGCCAAGAUCUUUGGAGUGGCAGAGGACAGCUCACCGGCCGGAGCACUGUGCAAUUCCUAGUGCAGCCAGGACUGGUAGGAUGUGGCUCCUGAUCCCAUAGAUCUUAGGGGGCCUCCCGUGGACCUGCUGUAUGAUACCAAGCAAGCGACAAUAUCUCACUUGGUGUUGGUUCCUCGUCAGAAACAUGAAGGUGUAAAAAUUUAGUGAAAUUACAUGUAUAAAGCUCCUGAUUCACUAUGCGCGCAUUUGCAAGAAAUGACUACUUCUCAUUAGGGACAGUGACAGAGGAGGGGGCAGCAGACAGCGCUCCUCCAGCCACAGCUGUGCACCUUUUGCAUAGAAGCAAAAAGCAGAGAACCCGCCCGCUGCCAUACUGGGUUCCCCCAGGAGGGGGAGAAUUCUGCCAGGCCACAGAAGCCCGGAGACUCUUGGCCCCUGACCUCUCUGGAAGUCCAUGGGAGGCUCAGAGCCUGGCAUCUUCCCUGUCGUGAUGCUGGUGACAAGAGCCACUUUCUGCAUCAGCAGGGCCGGUCCGGCCUUUCUGCCGCCUGAGCUGGGGCUGGCAGAGCCGGGCCAGGGUGGGGCUUCCUCCACCCGCUUCUCCUCAGGCCUUAGUCAUUUCCGUCUCCGGGUCCUACUGGCUCAAUUGGUCAGGGCUGAGCUGUGGUGAGGCCAAAGCCAGCGGUUACUGUGGCAACCCAUCAUGCUUUGAGGCUGCCUGUUCUUUCAGUUCUACAAAAGAUUCUGAGACCGGAGGGGACAGGAAGUGUAUUCCUCUUACUCCGGGUAUUCCCGGCACUUGGCCCAGUGUCUGUACACCGUUGGCACUUAAUAAAUGUUUCUUGCCUGAAUAAAUGCAUGAUCAACCCAUCAGAGCUGGUGAGAGCCAGCGCUUACUGAGCACCUACUACAUGGGGUGGGGCUUGUAGGCACUUUGCACACAGCAAGGCCAUUGACUGCCCACACCACCGGCCAGCACAGGGCCAUUAUCAGGUGCUAAAGACAGAGAUGCCGAGGAUCAGCAACUUAACAUCACACAGCCAGAAAGUGACUGGGCAGCAUCUGACCCCCCACCUGCUCCUCACCAGCAAUUUUUGUAGCCUCUCAAUUAACCAUCGCAGGGAGGAGAACAUAUUUAUGGCCCCAGAGAGCCUGCGCAGGCGUGUCCUUAGCGGCCAGUGUGUCUAACCGGGUCAGACAGAUGCCCGGUGUCAGCCGGUCUAGAGGUGUCCUUCACGUUGGUUCGCAGGCUCUAGGGCCCACAGGGCCCAGGUAGGGCUAAUGUCCAGCCUGGCUCCCGAGGCUCAGUGUCACCGGCCUCUGUCUCUCAGGCUCUGCUUUGUUUGCUCCCCCACUUUUACCAGACUUCUCUGCCAUGGCGCUGCUCACCAUUGCUCCUGUCUUAAAUAUCCCACUCACACCCCAGUGGACAGACAGAUCCUCUGCCCAGCGGUUCUGCCAGGAGCAGGAAUGCAGUCCCUAGCAGGGCGGAGCUCUGUUGGACUGGGCGGCUGCGGCUACAGGCUGGCCUCACAGUCAGGUGUGCGUGGCCCCUCGCCGUGCCAGGGAGUGUAAGUGGGGUGUGUGUGGAUUUCUCCUGGGGGCGCUGUGACUGGGAGUGAGGGCAUCGGGGCGGACGUCCGGCUUCAGUAACCCCAGAUGGAAACUGCCUGAAGGCCCAAGCUGCCCGUGCAGCCAGCCCAGCCCCCCAGGUCUGGCCUGCAGACUUACAAGGCCAUUUGCUGACACCCAGGGCAGCAUAGCACCAAAGGCAGCGUGAGCUCCAUUCACACGGGCAGGCGAUCCUGUCCGACAUGCCCACUGCGUCCAUCCACUCUUGCUGCUGUAUCACUGUCUUGUGGUUGCAAAGGGCAGUCUGACCUGGCCUGUCUGGGCCACUUCUCUGUCAACACAUGACAGAGCGGGCAGGGAGCUCAGGGACAGCAAGGCACAGGUUCAGGGUGGACGAGGGGCCCUGUGCUGUGAGAGGUCACUCCUCCUUGACUGGCACAUAGAGAACCUCGCCUCCAGCACCAUCCCCUGAGCCUUUGGGUUGGCGGAAGUGUGAGUGUGCACACGUGUAUGUGCAUAGGGUUUCCAUUCUUAAGGAGCCAGUGCGACCGAUGUAGCAAUUCAAGAUUCUGAGUUCAGGAGUCAGAAGCACCCAAGUCUAUACACUGGCUCUUCUGCUCAUUACUGUGUGACCCUGGACAAGUUGCUGGACCUCUCUGAUCUCUUUCCCCACCUACCCAAUGAGGAUUCAGUGAGAUAAUACAUGUAAUGUUCUGAGCACAGAAUGAGCGCUCAGCCUGUGUUGGCCGCGACAGUGAGGCUAUGUCCAGGCGUAUCUGCCCCAGCCCUGUCCUGCGCCUUCCUCAGGCAUCUCCAGGGCAUUUCUGCAAGACUGGUUUGUUUCCUCUGUUUUAAGAGUGCUGAUAGGUUAGUGUGUGAGGAGAGACUUUGGAGUGGAUACAUUCCACUGUGGGCUGCAGGCCUGGACAAGUCCCUUCCAUGAGCUGUCACUUCAAAGGACCGCUAACUUGAUGGCUUAGAAUGAUGCAGUGUUACUGUCUGACAGCUCUUGGGGUCAGAAAUCCUACUGGGGUGUCACUGGGCAAACACAACAGGGCAGCGUUCCCUUGGGAAGCUGUGGAGGAGCCUUCCAGCUCCUAGAGGUUGCCUGCAGCCCUUGGCUCAUAGCCCCUUCCUCCAUCAUCAGUCAGACAAUCUGCCAUCUGACAUUCUCCCCUUGUGACGUCUCCCUCCCAUGUUUCUGCCCCUGGCCACAUUUCAUCCCCUGUGAUUACAUCGGUCCCACCACAACACCCCAGGACCACCUCUCCAUAUUCAGGUCAGGCUAUCGGCAACUUGAAUUCCAGCUGCGGGCUUAACCGCCCCUUGCUGUGUAAGGCGCCAUAGUCGCAGGGGCUGAGGAGGAGAGCAUGACCUCUCAGGGGCCUGUGAUCCUGCUGACCCUUCCCCAAGCCUUGGUUUUCUCAUCUAUACGGUGGUGGUGUUGGUCCCAGCAGAGACCUGGGGGUGAUUUCUUGAGAUGGCUGAGCGCGCUGGCCAAGGAUAGGAAACUGUUGAUUGGAUCUGCCCUGAGCACCUGCUAGAUGCAAAACUGCCUUCCAGAUGCCAGAGGUUCCCCAAGGAUGGAAGACAUCAGCAUCCCUGCUGUAGAGCAGUUGACGAUGUAGCUGGAGCUGUAGAAAAUCAUUGGACAGAGUUUGCCUGCGGACAGAAAGAGAAACACUGUACCCUCCCCCACCCAGGGCUCUGGGUUACCCCUGCCCCAGGACUUCCUGCAGGCGAGGGGGCGGGAAGGGCACCUGGGGGUCUCUCCUAGGUCGCAGGCGCCAGGUGGGCAUUGCAUAGGUGUGGCACAGGCACCGUCUCGCUGGGCAGAUGGGCCAGCAGCCUGCAGUGGCACGGUGGUUGCAGAGGUGGCUGUAUGGGGCAGAUCGUGGUGACAGGCAGCUCUGAGCACAGGCAGGGCUUCCGGGUGGUCUUGACAUCACGGUUGUUAAUAAAAUGCUUCCCCAUUGCUAAGCACUUUCCACGGAACAAGCUGAUUUGCUCCUCAGAACCACCCUGUGAGGCACCCACUAUCACCGUUCCCAUCUUAAAAGUGCAAGGACUAAAGCUCAGAGAGGUGAACUGUUUAGCUCACAUAGCCCCGGGAUUCAGAUCCAGGCUGAGAAAGGAAGCCUGGCUCUGCGUAGGAUCAGGUCUGAGGCAAAGCAGAGAGGGGGCAGUGGAAGCGGCAGAGGGCAGAGGGAAGCACACAUGUAGAGCAGCACAGGUGAGAGAGGUCGGUUCCUCCAGGGACCUAAGAGAGUUUGUCUAGCCAGGCACAAACGCAUGUGGGGAGAGGUGAGGGCUCGGCAGUGCUGGGUGUCUGUGGGGUGGAGUUUGGAGAGCACUAGGGAGCCACUGAAGUUUCUAUAGGAUACAUGAUGAUACCACAUUAGUGAAAGGGAGAGGACCCUGCUUUUCCCAUGGAAUCCUCAGAUGGUGGAGGGGUGGGACGCUCUCUGAGGACCACUGAGAUUCACUAUCUGCAGGGGCGUGCUAGGGAAGCCCUGCCUCGCCUGGCCCUGAGCAGAGCCCCCCGCAGGUGUGUAGGCUGUGCUGACCAGGCCGUUUCCUGUUGCCAUGUCCUACUUCCCCUCAAUGCCCCAGCCGUCCAAGCUGAUAGCAUGAUGCCGGUCAGCCGGCAGAGUCAACUCCAUGGCAGCUGACCUUCGUCCUCACGGAGAUUAAGCUGAUUCCUCAUUAAUGACCUGUGGGAUACUUACCUUGGUCCAGUUUGCAAGUAAUGUAAGGCUCGUCCUUGGAGGCUGGUCCAUGAAUUAUGCCUAAUUAGCUGGAGGUCUCCCUGGGACAUGCCGGUCCCGGUGUAUUCUGGGAACGCAAGGUCUGUGACUCCGGGUCACACUGGGACAUGAAAGAGAUGCUGAGAGAGUCGCUCCAGGUAAAAGUUCACCUUUCCUUUUCCAAAAAGGCAGCUGAAUUCUCACCUCUCCAGCAGCUCCCAGAAGUGUCACCUACCAGCGUAAGCGGCCCAGCUUAGCCAGUCCUGGCCAGGCUCUUGAUGAUAACUUACAGGCCAGGUGUUUUCUGGCUCCAGAGUUUAGAGUUCAGAGAUGCCGCGCGUGGUGGCGCACACCUGUAAUCCCAGCACUCGGAAAGCUCAGCCAGGAGCACCGCCGUGAAUUUCAGGCCAGCCUGAGCUAUAGAGUGAGACCCUGUCUCAAAAACAAACAAACAAAAAACCCAGCCAGUAGUGGUGUCCACAGCAAGGUCUAGGUCAGCCCCCAGCCAAGCCCAGGGAUGUUCACAGAAGUGCGAUGCAGAGACAGGAACGGCCUUCCGUGAGGCUUCUGGUUAGGCCUGCCCCAAAUGGAUGAGUCAAAGUUAAGACAAAACGUGGGACUUUUAAGCCUUGGGCGUUUGGAGACCUGGAAUGGGGGCUGUGGGCCUCACUGUUACACCCAGAGCAGCCCCUGAGGAAAUAACUUUCGCCCUUAUAUCUAAUCUGCGUGCGUGCUAGCUGCAUUCAUGUACCGUAUCGUAAUUUCAGAAGGUGACGUAGGGCUGUAGUGACGUGAAACAGCAGUGUGAGAGACAGGGACUUCAGUAUCAGCUCCAGUGAAGAGAGCUGGGACUGGAGGGCUGAACCGCACCUCGAUGCGUUCCGGGCUCAAACGUCAGGGGUCACUUGUAGGCUCCCCACCCCCACAGGCAGGGUGGCAAGGGAACCCCAGCGGGAUCUCCUCGGACCCAGGGGACUUCACCUUGAUACUCCGUACCCCAGCUUCUCCCAGUAAACGCAGGGCCAUGUUGGCAGGCAGGGGGUGAUGGGAAGGGCUGCCCCAGGCUCUCUGAGAACCCCUGCCUUCCCCCGAGGCCGGGCCCCAGCACCUGAGGCCUCUGAGCCACCCUUGAGGCGGGGAGUGUGUUGUUGCACUUUUGACCUUCCCCACGCCAGCACAGGGAGGCCAGUUGGAGACGGUGGGGCCCAGAGAUGCCAAGUGACUCAUCCAAAAGUCACACAGCAAAUCAACUCCAGAGCAGAUUCCUUGAGGCCCCAGCCAGGCUGCUUUUCCCUGGCAAGCACUCCUAGGCCAGGUCUCGAGCGGUGCCUGGACACUGCAGUUCAGGGCCUCCGGGAGCUCCUUGGAAUAAACUGGUGGGCCUGGAAGGAGGGGGCGUUGGGAGGCUGUAGGGACACCGGAGACAUCGCUUUGUAGCUGAAGCCUAUUGUUCACCCCACCCCAAAGCCAAAAGCCAAGGCAGCAGAUUCCCGCUCCGCCUUGCAGAGGGUCAGAGCUGACCCCAGAGGCCCAACCCUUGGCUUUGGAGGCCCCUUGGGGAGGCGGGGACUGGGUCCCCGGCAGGGAGCCUGACCGCAGAUGGGUAGAAGCCGCCGGCCCUGGGGAUGCUCUGGAGGAGGGAGGCCUCCAGCUGGGCCGGUGCCUGCAGCGCGGAGGAGGGCGGCGGACGGUUCACCGGGCGGCCAGCAGACUGGCUGCGUGUUGCAACGUCUGGUGGCGUUCGAAGCAUCCUGUUGGGCGCAGCCGGGCGAGGAGCGUGUGCGGCUGGAGGCCGCUGGCACCUCGCAUCCCUUCGGCAGCUCCGGGUUCAGCCGCAGGUCAGCGGCGCGCAUGACGUCACGAGUUUGUUUACCGCAGGAUCCCAGUGCGACCCUCCUCACCGCCAGCCAUGCCACCUCUGCACCCAGGACCCCAGCCUCAUCUCCAUAUCAACAUCAGCGAGCCCUCCCCGUUUACUUCCCAGCCUCGCCGCCCUACCUACCCCUUCCCCAUCGCCGGAUGGGACUCUGGCCCAACCCCUGCCCAGCACCGGCCCUGCCCUGCCCCUUCCGGGACCCGCCGGAACCCCCUCUCCAGGCAGGCGGCUCGCUGCCACCCUGUCAUGUGAGCCGCUGGCCUGUGCUCCUGCGCCCCAGCCGGCAGGCUGCAGCUCCCUGGCUGUCUGGGAGGGUGGACGCCGGCCGCUGUUAUUGGAAACCGCUUCCCAGCUAGGUGGGCAGCAGGUUUGCGUGCAGCCCCGCAGUCUGGCUCCCUGUUGCUGGACAGCGGCCCUGUGUACCUGUGGGGCUGGGCCACUUAGCAUGUCCCCUCUCCCUCUGCGCGGCCAAGUGCUCUGGAAGCUGAGGGAAGGGACCGGGCAAUUCAAGCAACUUUCUUUUCCUAGAUCCCUGGAGCUUGCCCCAGCCCACCUGCCCAGGAGCGGGAGGCUGUGCUGCUCAAGGCCGUGCUGCAGCCCUUCCUGCAUGCUCUUGAAUCCCCCUCCUCCCAUCCACCCAACACCCAGCCCCAGACCCGGCAACCCCUAACCGGCCCCUCCACUGCCGUGGUUCCCACUGGUCCCAAACUCCAUUCCAGCGGCAGCUACUUGGCCCAGAAGCCCAGGCAGAGGCAGUUAUUUCUCCACUCUUAACCCUCCCCAAAAGCACCCCUAUCUCCCCCAGGGUCCAAUUCCAGGUCCCACUGUGGCUGGAGUCUCCCACUCAACUCUGCCACACGGGAUUCCUUGCCCACCACACCAAGCUCAUUCCCACCCCAGGGCCUUUGAGCUGCUGUCCUGCCUGCCUCUGCCCUCAGACAUCUGCAUGACUCCCUGCUUCACUUCCUCAGGUCUCUGCUGAAAUGUCACCUCGUGCCAGAGGUCCCCUCCCCUACCUGAAGGCCACCCGUGCCCACCGCCUCCACCACACCCCCAAAACUUUGUGCUCCUCCCGUGCACUUUCCGCCACCUCUGCUUAUUAUAUAGUCCACUGUU